GGCUCCUUGGUUUCGUUCUUGGGCUCUGAAUUGCCACUCUAGCAGCUGCCAAGACGGUGAAGCGAGACGUCAAGGUCAGCUGGAGGAUGGAAGGUUAUGUACGCUUGGAAUGGGGAGGAUCCCUGUGGGGAUGGAGACGCGGCAUUGUGGCCGGGAAUCACUUUUUCCUCCCCAAAUGACGAUGGCUAUCGAGUGGUCACGGAAUUGGAGCUCUUUCAAGUGUCGAUCAUUGGAACGUUCCCGAUCGGUGUCACAAAUUUGCUGGAUCUCAGGAAACUGGACUUGCAUGGCAACAAACUCACCGGACCGAUUCCUCCUCAAAUAGGACGGCUGGAGAACCUUGUAACCCUGUAAUGCUAUUGCCGAAAAAUUCAUUCAUGAAGAGAAUUGGUCCAUACUGCUUGGACAGGGCCUGCCAUGAGAGGAAGGGAAUUCCUGCGAGAUGACGGAGGUGUCCAGGGAGGGGCAAUCCAUGUAAGCAGCUUAAGGCGCAGGAAAUAUUUCCUUAAGGCAUAAGAGCAAGCAAGACCCAUAAUUGUGAAUGUCUAAAAUUUGAG